ACAUCCGAGUUAAAGUGACUACAAAUGAAACAGUGAAAAGCAAGGGAUCCAUCUUGUCUACGUGAAUCAAUAGAGUGCUUGUACGACUUAUCAUACGGGCAUGACGGGAUUCACGGCAACAGAUACUGAGGAGAAUGACCCAUUGUUCAUGUUUUCCAUCAAACAUCUCUAAGCAGACGACAAUCAACGGAGGAACGUCUGGGUUGAAUGAUCGUCUGUAGUUCGAGAAUAGAUCAACACUUGGAAUAACUGUAGAAGAGAACCUGCUAUGAGAUUGAAUUAGCAAUCGAAGGAUUUACCGCAAAUGAUUUAGAGUUGCUCGAUUUUGAUUCAAAAGAGACCUAAAAGAGCAGUAGACAGAUUACCAGACAGCAUUUGAGCAAAAAACAUAAUUUACUAAUCCAAAGCAAUCUUGAGAUGACGUUGCUAUCGUCUGCUCUCUGAUCAUGAAUGGCGCGCGCGAAAUCUUCUCUGCCACGCACGCUAACGGUCCAGAGGCGGAGAUAGCACGAACUUCUUCUGUUCACUCGGAUACCCCCACUUGAGACGCUGAAACAUCACUCUUCAACAGGUGAAGGGCGCCGUCCAAGAGACUCUCAUUGCCUGCGCCGACACCACAAGAACUCGCUGCUCUCAGCACCUCUGAUGCCGAUUGGCCAGAAGUGACUUCACAUUUCAGAUAUUUGGAUAUGUUCUAGUGCUUUACCAUCCUUCUGCUCCUCAACCCUAAUGCUUAUAUUGCUUGGCAAUCGGAUCGUUUCGAGUGGAUGCUUCUAUUCUUUUAGUGCUUUUGGCAAGAUAGCGGAAAAGGUAUAUCGUUUAAUGAGUGGCCUGUUUUUUUACUGUUUGUGUCUACGAAUCUCUCCACCGCGCUGUUUCUACAAAUUCAUGAUAUAGUCUUCAGUUUCGGAUAUAACCGUUUGGAAAAAGGCUCUAACAUUUGCCUAAAUACGUGUGACAAGUUGCAGAUGGUACUUCAGCCGAUUCGUUUCGUGCUUACAACCGUUUGUUCGAAAUCGGGAGGACUGUAUGUUUUUUGGCCAGUCUGAUCUGGGCGCCAGAGGAGAUCGGGGAGCACAAUCGGACAGUGGAAACAAUUGAAUUGCACUGCUCUGUCCGUUCAUCAAAGUUGUAGUUGUCUGGUUAGCUGUUAUUACACGUUUCAGAGCUAUCGGUGAAACCAUAAAGUAUCAGAAUGUACGAGUAUUCAAUAUAAGUUCAUGUAAAACGCCAGAAAGUGACGUCGCUUGAUUUUAUUCAUUUCCGAAGGCAGCGAGAGAAGGCUGAAGCCCGCAUUAGCGCUUUGGAUGUCACGCCAGCGUUCUUCAAAACUGUGCCUGUCAAAUCAGUCAAAAUUGAUUCCACGGAGUUGGGCGAGGAAAGGCCCAUGUCGACACAUAAAGUUCCGAUGGCGAUAGGGAUUAAGAAAGGAGUGACCAUUCUGAUAUUUAUAGGCCUAUUUCUUUUAGUGCUGUCUGUAGUUCUCGGAUUCUUCGUCACGAAACAUUUACCAAGAGACGGAGAUGGGACCGGGGACGCCCAGUCCGCCAAGCCUGUCUGCUUGUCGACCGCGUGCCUCCGGGUCGCCGCAAGGAUACAAGAAAACAUGUCCCCGGAGAUCGACCCCUGUGAUAAUUUUGCAGCAUUCGCCUGCGGCAAUUACGCGGCGGACAGAAAUCUUUCUCCUGGUGUUCCGCCUUUGCAGGUCCAUGAUGAUUUAGCCAGCAUAGCUUUGUUAAAGUCGCUGAGGGUUUUGGAAGCACCUGUGAGACGGAAGACGAAGGAAUCGGCAGAGAGAAAAAUCAAGGAUCUGUUUGCGUCAUGUGUGUCGCACUCGGAGACGGAGAGCUAUAAGUUCAGUGCUGUCAAGAGAGUCUUGUACAGAAUUGGAGGAUGGGACGGCAGUUAUGAAUUUUUAGACUUCCGAGACCCAGUCGCCAUGAAUACAUGGGACCUCGACGACGCAAUGAAGACAGCUUACUUCGAUCUCGGCUUAGAGCCAAUAUUCAGGUUUUAUAUUGAAGACCAGAAGUAUGGAAAUGUCCCAGCACAUCUUAAGAUCUUCCCAAUAUACUUCUACAGCUGUGUGGAGAUAGAUGAUCACUUCAAAACCUAUAUGAGGAAACUGGCCAUGCUUUUCAACAGCCGUGACAAUGGAAAAUACUUCGCAAGCUCAGUCCAGAAGAUCUUCGAAAAGAUUUGCAAGGAUGCUGUACUAGAAGACGAGAUUUUCAUAGAAGAGACUGUAACAACUCCAGCGGACCUCUCAAAAUUCAUUCCUAAUUCUAUUGAUUGGAUUGGCUUCCUAACACAAAAUUAUAAAAUAAGCGCAAAUACAAAAAUAGUCGUCAUCAACCUUCAUAAGAAGAUGGCUAAACUAAAGGACUUGGCAUCCUUGGAUCCAAGUGCCGUGCGCAAUUUUUUCGCACUAAAAUUAAUUGAAAAGUAUAUCGCAGCUAUGCCUAAGAAUAUAAAAGAUGUAUAUAUCGAAUAUCAGAAUAAAACAGGGAACGUCGCGUAUGCAUUUCCGGUGGAAACUGACUGGAGAUCGUGUCUGAAAGAUAAUAUAAACGAGGCAAUGACACUAGCGCUCCUGGCGGAGAUGGAAAAGUACAGCGAAAAGCCUGUCAUUAUGAACCAAAGGCUUGAGGAGUUAGGAGAAAGUAUUCGACACGCCGGCAUGAACCGGAUGGCCUCCUUACGGUUCCUGGACAGCAAGGUGAAGAGAAUCAUUUGGAAUCGUCUCAAUGACAAAGUGAUGGUACUUGGAGGGCCCAAAUGGCUCACGUGCGAUGAAAAGUUGGACAGGUUCUAUGAACACCUGAACGCCAACCGAUCAGAUCCGUAUUUGGUAAACUUGGUCAACGCAAGAAGUUUUACAGGGAAGAUCAAGGCCACCAAAUUAAACAUCAAAGAUCCUAAUAUAUGGCUUUUCUUUGUAAGGUACGCGGAUGCAGUUGGAGCGGCAGCCUUUUCCAUCCCAUCCGCUAAUGGGUUAGCUAUUAUGAAUUCAAUGUUGGGUGAGCCAUUUUACAACGAUGACUGGCCGAUGUAUCUGAAUUAUGGUGGUAUUGGUAGCCUCAUUGGACACGAAUAUGGGCACGAUUUCGACGGAGAAGUGUACUGGAUGAAUGCCAGCCGGUUAUCAACUAUGGACAACAUGGUAAAAUGUUUGAGGGAUUAUUAUCCCAAGGUGGAUUACAAGGGCUUCAAGCUGGAGAACUCUUCAUCGAUCGCCAGGCUGACGCAGAUCCAAGUGAUGUCGGACGUGUUAGGUCUGAAAUGGUCUUGGGAGGCCUACAAGAAGGAAGUAAAGCGCAGUCAACGAGAAGAGUUGCGUCUUCCAGGAAUUGACUAUACACCGGAUCAGUUAUUCUUCAUCAAUUUAGCUCAGACUUGGUGUUUUCAAGAUAAUGUCAACCGGACCAACUUUAAGUAUGGCGCAAGGUCACUGAUAUUCUUCUCACAGUCAGAGUUUAUGCCCAAGGUUUUCAACUGUCCUGCUGGUUCAACAAUGAACCCAAAGCAACAAUGUAAGAUUUGGUGAUUGGAAGAUGGAGACACCGCACCUGGCCUCUUGUCAUCUGCCAAAGAAAUUGACCUGUUACUUGCAAGGGAUGUCAGGUUGAUCUUGAUUUGAAGGCUAUCAGAGUCCGAUCUAGGGCAUUGGCACAACAGAGUAACUUGAUCAUUCCAAAAGGACCUGGAUAUCACCGAAAGACCAGCAGCGAAUGAAACUCUCCUGUACAUAAACUGUACCGUAUAUCUCUUUUCUUUGAUGUGCCAUGGAUCUGUAUAUAAUGAUGCGACUACGUAAUGCAUGCUGGGCUUAACGUGAUCCCACCCAGGCUUUCUGGUUGUGACUUUGUCCUUGUCCUUUAAACUCAAAGCUAUUGACGGUCGUGGUCUCUAUCAAAUCAUAUACCAUAACCUGUCAGAAUACAGGGCCGGACUCUUUUUCCAGUGGGACAUUUUCUACAGCUACACCAUUUAGCUGCCAUUGAACAUUAGGGCCCAAAUUCAUAAAGGGCGUUUAAGGGUUAGACAUGUACAACUUCUCUCUAAUCAGUUUCAGGGCCUAUUCAUAUUCUGUGAAGAUUCACAUCAAGGGCCAGAAUCUGUCUAUUCAGUAGUUAAACGCUGUUUUAAGCUAAACACCCUUUAUGAA